CCAGCAGGGAACCGGACAUUGUGCCUUCUGGAACGUCUGAGAGGCGCAGGAACAAAUGUCAGUUUUAUGAAUAGUUCCUUUUCUAGAACAAAGUCCCACGCAUGUCAUGCGAAAACAUGUACGAUGCUUUUUUUCCCUUUCAGUUCAACAACCCAGUUUUCAGACUCGUUUUAAAAACAUCUCUCCUCCUCCAGCUGCAUUUGUAGACUAAACUGUUACGUCUCACUUUGUUGUCUCUGUGUCUGACGAGGUGCGAAUCCCGAAGGAAUUGACUUCCUCCUCCUCUUCUUCCACCUCCUCCUCCACAUCUUCUUGGUGCAGCAGCAGCCAACGCGGUGAGUGCGUCCUGCAGCAGCAGCAGCAACGACAACAGCAGCAGCAGCAGCAGCAGCAGCAACGCACCUGUCGUUUUCUGGACGAGCUGAUAACCGUUUUAGGAGUAAAACGCAUUCUCCGGGGAUCCGUGAAUACCGAUGGCUUCAUGUGUAGAUAUUGUCUCUGAAAAUUACGCAUCGAGCCCUUGUAGCUGAAGUGUGGUAGCGCUGAGGGGAGCAAUCUCAGUGCAUCCCUGUGAACACACACACACGUGGAGCCUUUUGGAUGCAACCACUUCACAAGAGACAAUGAGAGGCUACCUGCUGACUGCAAUCUUUCUGCUGCCCUUGGUGGCCUCAGAGUCCGAGCACUGCAUAAUCAAGCAUGAAUAUGAGAAAUGCAUGAAGAAGAUCAUGCUGCACAACCCCAGCGAUGACCUUGAAUCAAUGUGUCCGUGGAUGUGGGAUAACCUGACCUGCUGGCAGGCGGCCAAUGUUGGCGAAGUUGUGGUGUUCAACUGUCAGGAGCUCUUCCAUGACUUCAUAGACCCUGUGGAUGAGUUGGGGAAGGUCAGUCGUAACUGCACCGAGGACGGCUGGUCUGAACCUUUCCCUCACUAUGAGGAUGUCUGCUUCUUCUAUGACAACAUCGCUGAUCCUGGCACGUACUACCCCUCAGUCAAGGCCCUGUACACAGUUGGCUACAGCACAUCGCUGGUGUCUCUGACUACAGCCAUGGUCAUUCUCUGCAGAUUCAGGAAGCUCCACUGCACCAGGAACUUCAUUCACAUGAACCUGUUUGUGUCCUUCAUCCUGAGAGCCAUCUCAGUCUUCAUCAAGGAUGGGGUGCUGUACGCUCAGGAAGACAGUGACCACUGCUUCGAACACACAGUGGCGUGUAAAGCAGUGAUGAUUUUCUUUCAUUACUGUGUCAUGUCCAACUAUUUCUGGCUGUUUAUUGAAGGUCUUUAUCUCUUCACUCUGCUGGUGGAGACUUUCUUUCCUGAAAGACGCUACUUCUACUGGUACACUAUUAUAGGAUGGGGAACUCCCACCAUCUGUGUCACUGUCUGGGCAGUUCUGAGGCUCCACUUUCAUGACACUGGAUGCUGGGAUACAAAUGAAAACACUGCCCUCUGGUGGGUGAUCAAAGGACCUGUUGUGGCCUCCAUUAUGAUCAACUUUGUCCUCUUUGUUGGAAUAAUCAUCAUCCUCGUGCAGAAGCUUCAGUCCCCUGACAUAGGAGGAAACGAAUCAAGCAUUUAUCUCAGCUGUGCUCAGAAAUGCUUCAGUGAGCCCACACAGGCUGUUCAACAUUCGUGCAGGAUGUCAGAGUUAUCCACCAUCACACUGCGUCUGGCGCGCUCCACCCUCCUGCUCAUCCCCCUGUUUGGUAUUCACUACACUGUGUUCGCCUUCUCACCUGAAGUUGUCAGCAAGAGAGAGAGACUGGUCUUUGAGCUAGGACUGGGAUCCUUCCAGGGCUUUGUUGUAGCUGUCCUCUACUGUUUCCUCAAUGGAGAGUUUCUCCCUGAAGGUGCAGUCGGAGAUCAAGAGGAAAUGGCGCAGCUGGACAGUGAACAGGUACUUUGCUGUGGACCUGAAGCAGCAAAGGCACCCUUCGUUGGCCAGCAGUGGAGUGAACGGCGGGACUCAGCUGUCGAUCCUCAGCAAGAGCAGCUCCCAGAUUCGCAUGUCCAGCCCACUGGCGGAGAAUGUCAACAUCAGCCUCCCAACCUGAGCGUCUGAUUGGCAGGAGUCAACUUCAAGGUGCCGUUCCACUUAUGUACAUCCAGACCAACCAGAGCAGACCAAAGUGGCCCCUCAUAACUCUUACAUUCUAUAGUUAGGCCUUCUGAAAAUUAGAUAUUUCUGAAAGCAUUUACUGGAGAUUAGAGGUGCAUAGCUGACUUUCAUACUUUAUAACUUCAUUUGAAUAUACAAUAUCAUUUUUUUGAGUAUUUUAGUCGACUCUGAUUGCAAUCUUUCCUGAUUAAUGAUGUACUUGAUAUCUUAACUGACAAAUUCCACUACAUAGAUUAAAACAGAGACAUACUAGAAAUUCCCUUUCUACCAAUGUUUUCUAUUUUAAAUUAUUUUAAUAAUAUUAUUGUGGAGUUGUUGCCAAAAACAGUACCAACUGUAAAAAAAGAAAACAGUAGUUAGACAUUGAAUUUUAGGGUCAUAUUUGGCUGUUCGUGUGUAAAGUAAAUGUGCUUUAAAGUGCCAUACAGGUUGCCUGACUGGAUCCGAUCUCUUUACAGUCCAAAGUUAAAUAACAACCGUGUUCGCCUUGCUUGUACAAAUGCACAUUGUUUAAAUGUUUCAUCUUAAAUUUAAACAUUUUUCUACAAUCAGCCGUAAGUACGAGUAUGUCAAAAAAUAAAUGGGUGGCGGAGCACCCAUAGUUACUGUUGUAAAUAGUUACUGUUGGUGUUACGAUCAGAUUUUCUUUCUUUUACAUAACGCAGUAUUGUAAUGACCUUUUCACACAAAAGGAACUGGAGCCCAAAUCUGUAGAUUUCAUCACACAUCCUGAGGACCCAGAAGAUCCUGCCCCUUAUAUUCUGACCAAAUUUUUUUAUAUUAAAUGAAAAUACACACAGUAUAUGAAAGGGCAUAAUGCCAAUGAAUGAGCACUGUAGGGCAGUGGUUUCCAACCUGAAGGUUCACAAGAUUAAUCUGAGGGGUUGUGAAAUGAAAACCAACAUUUUUCGCCAUUAAAUUGUGUUUAUUUUAGCUUUUUUCGUGUAAAACCAGAUACUUUGAUGUCUUCAGGCUUCUAACAAAAAAGAAAAAAAGAAAAAAGCAUCUGAGAAAGGAAAAUCAGGCUUAGCUUGAAGUGCUCACAGCUCGUAAAAAUGUGUGAAUUUUGUGAGGGGGUCGUGAGUUGACUUUGAAUUGUUUUAAAUGAUCACAAGACAAACUAUAGACCAUCUGGUGAUGGGAUCACACCAGCCGCGAAUCCAAAUCAGGACAGGGGUGUAAAUUGGGGGGGCAAUGGCCACUUCCCUACUUUCUAUCCCCCUGAUUCUGCCAGGUCAUGUUUGUAAAUGAUAAGUUGUUCUCAAACAGUUUACCUGGAUAAAUAAAGGUAAAAAAAAAAAAAAAAAGAUUCUGGUGCCCUUGCUCGGACCACACCCAUCUUGGCAAGACACGACCUGGGUAGCAAGAUCGGCCAGGCGUUCAUGCUCCCUGUCCCCAAACAAACUGGGCUAUCCUGACCCUAAACACUCGAGGUCAAUGCCUACCCUCAACCAUCUUGACUAACCACUCAGCUGCUACGCAGGUCGUGUCUUGUCAAGAACAGUGGGAUUUAUGAUUUAUCCUCACAGCUAGUGUCAGUAAUUUCCUCCAGUUGAUUUCCCUCUCACAGACUUCUUGCAGACUGUGAACAUAACAUGUGCCAUUUAGUGGAUACUUUUACCCAAAGCUCCUCAUAGUGCCAUGAGUUUAUAUGUACAGCAUUGUAUUGUAGGCAGCAAAAAUCAAACCCUCAACAUACUCUUAAACAAUAACAGGACUCUUUGUCUUUGUCCUCUUUUCUCUAAGCUUCAGCCCAUCGUGCCAUAAUAAAUUGCUCUUCAUUUAAAAAAGAAAGUAAUGAAUCAUCUCCUACACUCAUAUUCCAAAGUGCCUAUAGUCAGUCUCAAAUAGUUAUCACUUUUAUUUCCAGUACAUUAAACAGAUAUCUAUCUAAAGUUGUAGUAUGAGUCAUAUCCUGCAGAGAAUGUACAGAGUGGUGUGUUUUUAUUGUGGAUUGUGGUGCAAUUCUUCAACUGAAAAGAGUCCUGCUUUGUUAUUUAUUUAUUUUUAAUCAUGAUGAGUUUGACAAGAGUUGUGUAAUAGCUCCACAUAACUGCUAUCAUCUAUUCAAGAUAGUCCAUUUCAAUUCAGCACCAACGUCAAACACAUAAACAGCUUCAAAACAUUACAUGUUGUAACGGUCAACACAAAAUGCUUUAAUGUGACAGCUCUUGACAAUCGCAGAGUGUUGCCCAUUUUCUCUUUCUGUCUUUUUUGUUUUUGUACAAACUAAGCUAACAAACAAACAAUAACUGUUGAGUUGAGGAAAUCAUUUAAUAAGAUGAAAUGUGAUGUGUACGAUGUGUACAGAAGGAUUUAUUCACAAUAUUUACUCAAGAUAUUUAUUUUUUGACUGUCAUCUGAGCUGAUGAAAAGAAUGUAGUAUCUUUAAACAAUAUAUUGAAUAUUGUUCAACAGAAGAGGAUGUAUGUAUAUUUAUUUACCAUAAACUGGUUCCAUGUGAAAUGACUCAAUGCAUAGUACACUUAUGUGUCAUUUAGUUAUAUGCCUGAUGUAUGAUUUCAUUACAUUGAUUUAUAUUGACUCUCUUGGUCAAAGUGCCAUAAAUGUAGUGACAACUGGUGAGAUGUGUGGCAUAAUGUCUCAUUUCUGAUUUUAAAGAAAACAAAAAAAACACAGGAACUCACAGGAAAUUGCUGUCCAAAAGCUGCAGAGGUUGUGAGAAAUAAAACAAAUAUAAAAACUCUAAAAAGCGAGCUAAAACAUAAACACCACUGAGGAUAUGCAUCAGUUUUAUGCAUCUGCUUGGCUGCUUUUGGACAAAACAACGUGUGACAAGAUACUAUCGAGUGAACUAGAGCCAGAGGUUUAAUUAGGAAGUGGAAGAACAGAUAAAACACAAAGUGUGUAUGAGGGUGUGAUAAAAACCACUCUGCUGCUGCUUACGUGUUCUAUCACCAGCCGUCACUCUGAGUCUAAAUCGGCUCAGAUGGAAACGACCAUGUCUAAAAGCUGUUACUGUCUGUAAAAGAAGAGUAGACAACUCCCUACUUUACUAUGUAUGUGCUGUAUAUUUGUUUACCACAAGGUGGCAGCAUAGUCUUAAAUCUUUUUGUUUGACAGUUUUAUAGAGAGGGGGAAGUUUGACUGGCAUUGAUUUGCUUUUGAGCCCUGUACUUUGGAUUUUGGAUGAAAUAGGGGUAGUGUGGGGCAUUGAGGCACUUGAAUGCCACAUGCUUAACAUCGUUCAAAUCUAAGUUUUGUGAUUUUUCUUUACACAAAUCAACAAACAAGCCUACAAAUUGGAAUUUUCUAAAUCUGCACUGAUGCCCCAUCUUUAUCCUAGAAUUUUCUUUCUUCUCUCUUUGAUUUCAAAACAAACUGUGAACUAAUUUCAAAACUUACUGAGAUGUGAGUAAUAACUGAAAAUUGGGGGCACCUUUAACUGCUAUAAUAAAUGCAAGCUGUGUAAUGUAAUUUUUGCUAAAGCUGACCACACCUCUCUCCACCCAUGCACCUCUCCUUAUGGUUAGUUUAGUAUUACGGUAACACACUAAUCUUUAUGUGUCAAAGAAAAGCACUUGACAAGUUUUCUCAAAGCAAUAGUCUAACAAUUUAGGAAAUAUGUUCAUUCACUUUCCUGCUGAAGGUUAGGUGAAAAGAUUAAUACCACUUUCAUGUGUGUAAGCUAAAUAUAAGGCUACAGCCAGCAGCCAGUUAGCUUAGCACAAAGACUGGAAGCGGGGGGAAACAGCUAGCUGGCCCUGUUGAAAGGAAACACCCCACUUAACUUCCUGUAAACUCACAACAUGUAUUUCUACUCUUCUGUUGUGCAGAUUAAACAAACAAGAUGUAGGCCUAGGCCUAACUUGUCUAUUAGUGUACAUCCACAAGCUGAUAUCUACUAGCUAGCUGUUUAAUCUUAGCUAGUAUAUAUUGGCUAACUAAUAGCUACAUUAUAUCUAGAUUAUCACUAGCUAACUGUCCCCCCUAGAUCUUACUCUCAGCAAGAAAGCGAACAUUUCUUGUAUUUCCAAAAUUGUCAAACUAUUCCUUUAAAGGUAACUAUUCUGUGUGUGUGUGUGUGUGUUGUGUGUGUGUGUGUGUGUGUGUGUGUGUGUGUGUGUGUGUGUGUGUGUGUGUGUGUGUGUGUGUGUGUGUGUGUGUGUGUGAUCUAUUGAUUGCCAAUGAAUUUUUGAAUGUACAGAUGUUGCUCAGCUGCUCUUAAAUGUCGCCUGCUAUCAAUUUGCCAUGGUGUACAAAUGAUGUCUUUUCUUGAUUAUAUAUACAGUACACUGUAGAUGUAUAUUUUUGGCACAUAGGUCGGUGGACCUCUUGAUGAAGACCUGUAAUGUUUGUGACCGUGUUUUGUACAUUUAUGUUAAUGUAACCGUUUUUAGAGUGAGUAUGUGAGUAUGUUUGAAAGUUGGAGAGAGUGUAUUCUGUACGCAUGUGUAUGUAAUGACAAGCAUUAAUGACGAUAUAUGUAACUUAAAUGUCAAAAGAAUAUAUAUAAGACCUCAUCUAUAUUAUGUUCUACCUGUGACAGUGUGUCAUGUGUAACAUGCCUUCUGGUGUCCAAAAUUCAUGUCCCAGGUUGUGUAAAUUUGACUGCAAAAUAAAUCUGUGGUAAAUUGUUA